GUAUCAAACUGCUUUCCUUCUACAGUGGAGAUGCACCUUUGCGCAGGGGGGAAAAUAGCAGCGGCCCCUUUAAGAGAAGGAGAGACCACGUUGCUGCAGUAGGGGUGCCUUCUUCCUCUCCCAUUCACCCUUAGUUGGUUGGCUCCAUCCCAGCCUUCGAAUAGAGCCCAGGAGGGGAGCCUAGCCAUAGAGGAAAACCUAGCUGGAAAGAUGGAAGAGCAAGACUUUGUUGGGCCCAAGCUUGGAAAAUGCCCUCCUCUCAUUGAGACUCAGCCUAGUGGAACUUUUGAGGAAGAAAAUACACAGAAGAACCUGGAAAUGGAUGCGUUCAGUUCAGAUUUGCAGCGCCAGCACUUCAAGAGGUUCUGCUACAAGGAGACGGAGGGGCCCCGGAGGGUUUGCAGCCGGCUUUAUUCCCUUUGUCGGCAAUGGCUGCAGCCAGAAAGACACACCAAGGCGGAGAUGCUGGACCUGGUGGUGCUGGAGCAAUUUCUGGCCAUCCUUCCUGCGGAAAUGGAGAGCUGGGUCCGGGAAUGUGGGGCAGAGAGCAGUGCCCAGGCCGUGGCCCUGGCAGAAGGAUUCCUCCUCAGCCACGCAGCGGAGAAAAGGAUGGGAGAGAGGCAGGAAAAGUUUGUGGAAGAGACGGCUGAGAUGAAAAAAUCUAAUUCGGAGACCGAGUGCCUCGAACAAGAUGGGGACAAAGCACCCAGCGCAUUGGGAAUUGCAAUAAAGGCACAGCCAUUAAAUACAGACAAGUCUUUUUGGUGUGAUGAUCUCAGAACGGCUUCUUCAAAACCGGAGCAGGUGUCCUUCGAAGAGCUGGCUGUGUAUUUCACUGCAGAGGAGUGGGCCCUGCUGGAUCCAAGCCAAAGGAGGCUUCACGAGGAAAUCAUGACGGAGAAUUGGGGGACCGUGUCCUUUUUGGGUGAGGAUGAACAAAAGAGUGAAGAUGAAGGGAAACCAUCUGAACCUUUGCUUCUGGGAGCAAAAUAUGAUCAGAUGAAAGGACAGAGAACAAAAACGGAAGAAACUAGAGAGGACGAAAGCCCUGCUUCUCAGGACGAGUGUGUCUGCAAACUCUCACUCCAAGACAUAACCCAGGAAAGAAGCAAGUGCUUUUGUCUCCAAUGCGAGGGAAGGUUCAGCUCUAAAUCUAGUCUUAAUCUUCAUAGAAAAAGGCUCACGGUAGAAAAGGCUUUCAAAGUACACACUGCCCAUUUGAGAAAGUGCCUGAUUUCAGACGAAAGGACAUCAACGAGAGAGACGCUGUUUCAGUGCUACGAGUGUGGAAAGGACUUUAAGUGGAGGUCAUACCUUGUGAAACACCUCAGAAUCCAUACAGGAGAGAAACCAUAUAAAUGCCCUGAAUGUGGGAAGAGUUUCAUCCAGAAAGGCAACAUGAGGCACCACCUGGCGACGCACACAGGGGUGAAGCCGUACCAGUGCUUGGAGUGCGGGAGGAGGUUCAUCCAGAAAGGAAACCUCUCGUACCACCUGGCCACUCACACCGGGGAGAAAACGUAUACAUGCUUGGAGUGUGGGAAGAGGUUCAUCCAGAAAGGAAGCCUCACCCGUCAUCAAGCGACCCACCGAAGGGAGAAGCUGUUCAGAUGCCUGGAGUGUGGCAAGAGCUUCAAGCGGAAGUACCACCUCGGUCGACACCAAGCAACGCACGGCCAAGGAGAAAGCAUUUCAACACCAAGAGACAUGGAAAGAGCUCCAGUCGAAAGAUGUACCUCCCUGGUCACAGGAGAGAAGCCAUUUCAGGAGAUUACGACACGCUUGCCACUAGAAUCAUAGAAUCGUAGAGUUGGAAGAAACCUCAUGGGCCAUCCAGUCCAACCCCCUGCCAAGAAGCAGGAAAAUCUCAUUCAAAACACCCCCGACACAUGGCCAUCCAACCUCUGUUUAAAAUCUUCCAAAGAAGGAGACCCCACCACAUUCCAGGGCAGAGAGUUCCACUGCUGAACAGCUCUCACAUUGAGGAAGUUCUUCCCAAUGUUCAGGUGGGAUCUCCUUUCCUGUAGUUUGAAGCCAUUGUUCCACAUCCUAGUCUCCAGGGCAGCAGAAAACAAGCUCGCUCCCUCCUCCCUAUGACUUCCCCUCACAUCUUGAUACAUGGCCCUCAUCAUGUCUCCUCUCAGCCUUCUCUUCUGUAGGCUAAACAUGCCCAACUCUUUAAGACACUCCUCAUAGGGCUUGUUCUCCAGACCCUGGAUCAUUUUAGUUGCCCUCCUCUGGACACAUUCCAACUUAUUACUUAUUUAUUUAUUUACAGUAUUUAUAUUCCGCCCUUCUCACCCCGAAGGGGACACAGGGCGGAUCACAUUAUACAGAUAUAGGGCAAACAUUCAAUGCCCAUAUACACAUAGAACCGAGACAGAGACAGACAGACGCAGAGGCAAUUUAACCUUCUCCUGAGGGGAUGUUCGAUUCUGGCCACAGGGGGGAGCAGCUGCUUCAUCAUCCACUCUGAACGCACGUCCUCAUUCCAACAUCGUAAAUUAGUUAAAUUUGCCUCACCGCUUUUUAUAAGUGGUACCUUAUCUCCUACUUGAUAGAUGCAACUAUCUUUCGGGUUGCUAGGUCAGCAACGAGCAGGGGCUAUUUUUAAUUUUUAAUUGACGGGUGCUCACCCCGCCACGGGCUGGCCUCGAACUCAUGGCCUCAUUGUCAGAGUGAUUUAUUGCAGCAGGCUGCUCACCAGCCUGCGCCACAGCCCGGCCCCAACAUCUCCUUUUGAUUGUGGUGCCCAGAAUUGGACACAGUGUUCCAGAUGUGGUCUGACCAAGGCAGACUAGAGGAGUAGCAUGACUUCCCUGGAUCUAGGCACUAUACUCCUAUUUAUGCAGGCCAAAAUCCCAUUGGCUUUUUUGCCACCACAUCACAUUGUUGGCCCAUGUUCACUUUCCUGUCCAUGAGGACUCCUAUGAUCUUUUUCACACGUGCUACAGUACUGCCUUAUUUCACACAUACUGCUUUAUUGGUUACAAAGAGCCAAACAAGCUCAGUGUCAGGGCUGAGCUAUUGACCACAGUUACAAGAUUUAUAAAAAGUCCUGUAUACAAACUGCCUUUCAAAUAAACAUCCAACCUGUUAGUCAUGCACUUCGAUUAUUUGGUCCCAUGCCUAUACUAUACAACGUGGCCAAGUAUGGUUGUUUUCCAUCCAAAAAUCAUUAAUCUUUUUUGAUCCUCUGGAUGUGGCAGUCCAGUCAGAGAUCAAUAAGAGAAGCAGACUAUGUUGAGGGCACAUUUUUUACCCCUUUGCCUGUAUAUGGGAUGAGCAGAGUGGAUACUAAAUAGAGCUGCUCAGUUGUGGAUAGUGCUCAACUCGGACCUUGAGUUAGAAUAACCGAAUAUCCACCACCCAUGUAUCAGACUGUAGCUAGGGAUUCCAGAUAUAGUCCUGAUGUAGUUCCAGAUAUAGUUGCCGAUCGCCAUGGGACUCUUGUUGGUUGGUUUCCUUGGAAGGUACAUGUGCGUGAAUUGGUAUGGAUACCAUGGUGAUUGGUGACCUCUUAUCUGUCCACCUUCAUAGCCAUUGUAACAUGCACAUAUUAUUAUCUGCCUGCAAUGCUGUUGAGUUCUUUGGAUGGUUCUUCAUCUGGCUCCUCCCCUGUAAACUUUAAUAAUAUACUUUAUAUUCCACUCUGUCUCCCCGAGGGGACUCAGAACGAAUUACAGAAACAUACAUGGCAAACAUCCAAUGCCGUUACACCACAACAAAGGCAGACAGUGCAUAGACCAAUGAUGGGCAAGCUUUUUCACUUGGUGUGUCAAAAUUCACCAAAAAACCUAGCAUGACUUGGGUGAAAAAACCAUAAUUUCGCAAUAUGUAUAGUUUAAAUAACAAAAAUGUAUAAUUGUAAUAUAUAACUGUAUUUAAUAAAUCAAAAACUAUUUACUACCA